CAUGUCGUGUCCUCCACGUGAUGGUGAAGGACACCGGUGGCUGCCAGCAUCCCUUUCUCCUUUUUCUUCUUUUUUCCGACUGCACCUGAAUAGGCCACGGCUCCCCGCACUGUUAGCGGUGCGCUCCACUGCAUUAACACAUUGUUGUGAUCUUCGCUCCGCCCCCUCCUCCCUCUUCCUCCAUCCCCCUCUUCCUCUUCUUGUCUGCGUGGCCGCUGCUGACGCCGCCCCGCCCCCCUGCACAGCUAACACACAACCACACAGAGCCUCGCCCCACGCCCUCAAGCCCACUCACUCCGCCAUCCGUUUCGCCUCACAAGCACCACCCCUACCCUACCCGACCCUCCCCCAUACCGCCAUGUCCGCCUACGUGUCGUCGACCCGCGUGGAGGAGCGCAUCGCGAAGCGCGCGAGCCUGAACGCCGGGAGCUGCGACGUGCCCGUUGUGGUGGAGAGCGCGCAGGGCGGCAAGGCGCACUUCAGCGUGCUGCCGCGCGACGCGACGGUUGCGCAGCUGACGAGCGCGGUGCGCCGCCUCGACGGCGUCGACGCGAGGAAGGCGGUGUCGCUUGCGGUGGCGCAGUGCGCCGUUGCGCCGACGACGACGCUUGGCGAGCUGCACGACGCGUGCAAGCAGGCGGACGACGGCAUGCUGUACGUCACCUACACCGCCGAGGCCGCCAUGGGUGCCUGCCGGACUGCCUCACCAGUCGUGUACCCAUGA